GACCUUUUUGUCAUGUAGGUUAUUGUUAUUUACAGAUAUACGCUAAAGCUUUUGUUAGCGUUGUUAAUAAUAUUGUUGGUUGCCAACACAAUACUAAGAAAUUACUUAAAAUGAUCUAAUGUUACACACAAAGAUUCUCUCAACAUUGUAAAGUUAUAAUUUUAUGGACAUGUGAUUUAAUCACGUGACGCCGUGUGUCACAUGAUGCGACACGGAAGCAGUAAACGUCUUGUGUAUAUGGUUUUUAUCUCUAUGCUCUUAUUGGGUCUAUGUAGAUUUCUAGUAUAAACGACGGCGGUAACGAAUGUUUGAGAAAGUACUUGAGUUAACUUUAGUAAAACGAGUCGACAUGGGUGUGUCGGAACUGGAGGAUUUUUCUCUUUUACUGGACGAAAAGCUGCUCCUUUUCAUGGACCAGCUGGCGUUACUGGAGGAGAAACGAGCCACUCUCAACUCUCUCAUAGAGCAGGGAUGGUUUUCCAUGUCCAAGGCUCGAUAUUCCAUGGGAAACAAACACGUCUCUGCACUUCAGUAUGCAAGUGAGAUAGAGCCACUGGUCUCUGUUCAUGCUAGAACACUGGACAAUGGUGAGGUGGAUUUCUGCACAGAAAGGGUCAAACAAAAGUGUAAUAAUGAGGCUAGAAAAGAUGCCAGGUUAAUAGAGGAUGUUGGACCUCAAGAAGAAGGUGUCAGGAGACGAAUUAAACCAAAAAAGGAUAUCACGGAGAAGGAUGCAAGGGAAGAAGCUAGUAGUGAGAAAGUUCCUGAAGUAACUCCAGUAAGAAAAGGUGACCAGAAUCCUCAGCAAGAUCCACUGAAGUGGUUUGGGAUUCUGGUGCCACAAUCUCUUAAACAAGCACAGUCAUCAUUCAAGCAAGUAAUAGAGCUGUCAGCUGAGAUUGCAACCCUUCAGACUACAGUUCUGAACACCAGACAGGAGCUGAAGCGCAGCAUGAAAGACAAACACAUUCUCCAGGAGGAAGCCUCAGCAGCCCAGUUGGACAAGGAGGCCGACUAAAUAACUCUGUUGAGUCAAAGCCGGAGAUGAUCUGAGGAGAGCCACAGAGAGUGACGGGUUGGAGUCAGUAGAUUAUGCAUCAAGGCUAAUUGAACUCAACAGCGACCCUCCCGGUGGAUUUCUAAAUGGAGAUUACAGAUGAUUCUGUAAUGACUCGAUGACUAAAUAGUAAUAGAUUAUGUUUGAUUUUGUGCAUUUGUAACUGUCUCACUGAUAUAUGUUUGGCCUGUUUGAGAAGAAUGUGUUUGUGAAUGCUGUAUUUUAGGAUUUAAAAUAAAAUCUGUGUUGUAGACUGUAAGAUUAAUUUAUAAAUAAAUAUAAACAUAA